AUGCCGCGGAAAAGCAAGAACAGCACCAAGCGCAACUCGAACCAAUUCGAGUUGCUCGAUGACGAGGAUGACGGUACGAACGACAAUGACCAGCGCUCGCGGUCGCCCUCUGAAACCGACACUGCAAUUCGACCCAGAACCGCGCCCAUCACGAAAGAAAUCCGCCGUCCCGAAAGCGAAAUCGACGAAUGCCGACCCGGUGCCAACGAGGAUUCAUUGGCACGAAUCGAAGCUCUCCUGAAACGCGUCGAGGAGCGGGCCGAAAGGGCGGAGAAACGCGUCGAGUCCUUGGAAGAGUUCAUUCGAAACGAGCUCUUCCCACGCGUCGCUAGCCCUCCGAGUCCGCCACUCGAAAUGCGCCUCAUCAGCAACAGCAACAGCACCUGCCACCUUCGCCACCACCCUCCAGUCCCAGGACCACUGCCAGGCAUUGGGUUGGACGUGAGUCGGGUCCUAGAUAGUGACAUAAAGGAAGGCAAUGCCGGCACUAUUCGUCGGCGCGCGAACGCUGCCCUUGAGAAUUUGGGUGUGACCUGUCUUGGCGUCAAUUCUAAAGGAAACGGGCGUUUUCGGCUUCUCUUUCGAGAGACGGACGUCGAUAAAGUACGGCAGAACGACACCUGGAUAAGGACACAUUUCGAUAAGGGAACGCUAUAUGGGGAGCAGUGGUACCCUCUACGGGUUGAUAGAGCCCAUCGUGGGGUUGCGACGGAUGAUAUCGGAUGCGCCGUGUUUGGGCGGAUGAACGGGGUGAAAGUGCACAAGAUGCGAUGGCUCGGGACAGCGUCUGUCGACAAGGAAUACCGCUCUCUGGUGGUACACCUGGAUAAGAAAGAGGAGGUGGACAGGUUGCUUGCAAAACGAACGGUUGAGAUGGCGAAUGGCGAAGCAUCAAUCAGCCUUCUUUACGACCUCAGAUACAGGCUGGACCAACCACGAGCUUGGAAAGAGUGGCUUGUCGGCGUUUUUGAUCGGUUUACUAAGGCAAAGGCGCGAAACGGCCGCGAUUAUCGCCUUCUCAUUACCGAUGGCCACUCGAGCCAUAUUAAUAUGGACUUUCUGGAGUGGUGUGACCAGCAUCGGAUCAUCGUUGCGGUGUUUCCCCCUCAUUCUACUCAUCGGCUCCAGCCCCUGGACGUAUCUCUAUUCGGUCCCUUGUCGACGGCAUAUACAAAUCAGCUUAUCCGGUGGAUGGCAAAAACACAAGGACUUGUUGGGCUGUCCAAACGCGAAUUCUGGACCUUGUUUUGGAACGCAUUGGAGGCGUCCUUCUCCCCGGAGAACAUUGCAAGCGGGUGGAUGCGGACCGGCCUCCUGCCUUUGGACUCCGAAGUCGUCUUGUCACAGAUUGUGAAGAAGGAAUACGACGAUUCCGAUGCAGGCAGCGAUUCGGAAGACUCCCUAGCAUUGCAGCAACCUACCGCUCGAGAAUUACGACGGCUUGUCGACAAAGUGGUCGAUAAAUCCACCGCCAAUGCUGAAGUCAGUGCUCAGAAGCUGAAGAGCACUCUUGAAAGCCUUCAAUCCGAGGUUGAGCUGCUUAGAUAUGAGAACAAGGGACUCCGUGAGACUAUAAUUCAUGAGAAACAGCGCAGGCAGCGUGGUACAGCUCUGAAAGAUUAUCUCUUUGACCCCCGCAAAAAGUGGCUCAAGCUCGAGUGA